AUGCUUGCCCGCACCGCCCUUGUCACCCUCCUCCCGGCUGCUGUCAGCGCCCUGAGGGACGUCGUUGCUACAUCCCGUGGUAGCGGGUGCGAAGUGUGGCCAAACUACGACGCAGCUACGGGAGUAGCAGGUCCCUGGCUCAUCCAGCUCUCCGAAGCAGAGAACACGGCCAUUGAUGGAUUCAGCGAUACCAACCGCUACUCCAUCGGCUAUAAUAACGGCAAGCCGACGAUCCGGUGGGGCAGUAUUACUAUUCCUACCCGCAACGACAUCGCCAAGACCGCUCUUCGGUGUUCUGAUGGUGCCCUCCAAGCUUGGACGUCCACAGACCUAACUCCAGCAGGUGCUCCUACUGCUGUCGCCUGGACACCGAUCGUUAUCAGCUCCUACCCGUAUGAUGCCGCGCUUAUGUAUAAGAUCGAGGGCUCUGUCCCCCAGCUCUACUCCCACAAGGAUGCUACAACAGGCGAGGAGAUCCCAGGCUAUUUUCUAGGUGGCGCCGACGGUGCGACAGCCUGGGGUGUCAAGUACUAUCCUGCCGACCAGGGCUCAAGUGGCCAAGACUACUACUACCUGCGUCUCCUAGGACCUGGCAGCGAGGACCCUAGCACUGGAGAGCCCCUGAAGGAGGGUGAGACGAAGACCUAUCUCAAGGUCGCCGUUUGA